AUGCUCAUUCAGGGUCUUCUGAACUGGCUGCCCCUAGCGUCUCUAACGUUCAAUUCAUACAGACAUGAAGAUGAGGAUCCACUCAAGAGACUUGCAAAUUUGACUCCGUACCAUGCAGCUCCUGCUUCUCAUAAAGUCAAGGCAGAGUUGCCCGGUGAUUGUACUGUCAAUCGGGUGAUGCUUUUGCACAGACAUGGCUCUCGUGGACCUACCGGUACCGGACAGACGAAUAUGAUCAACUCGCUUGUCCAAAAGCUGAGAGACGGUCAUGAUGCUAUCCAGCAUGUCGAUCUGCCUGAGAAUCUCCGUUUCCUCGAGAAGGGAUAUGAAUCACACCUCGAGCCAGAAAAACUGACCAUCAUUGGGCGUCAGCAGCUUUUCAACCAUGGCGUGGAAUUCGGGUUGAAGUAUCCAAACUUCGACACGGACACGCUACUGUCUAGCAAUAUGACGCGGGAGUGGAGCAGCAUAUACCUCGCUAGUAUCACUAAGCGCCUGAAUGAGCUCCUUCCUGGCGUUGACCUGACUGAUGAUGAUACGCAUGGAGCAUUGUAUGCAUGCGCAUAUGACCUAGCCGCGCGGGAUGAGUCGCCGUGGUGCGACGUUUUUAACGCGGAUGAACUUGCAGACUUCGAGUAUGAAAAGGAUCUAAGUUUGGACGCAUCCUACGGAUACCUUGCACCCAAUGACGCUGGACGUGUCAUGGGAAGUGUUUUUGUCAACAAACUCAUUGAAAGAUUCUCCGAUACUAGUGAAGAAGCACCAUCCCUCUAUCUCGAAUUCGGACAUGAUACUACCAUCAUUCCUGCAAUGGCUGCAAUGGAUCUCAAUAGGGAUGAUCCUCCCGUGUCUUCACAAGGACCACCCCGGCAUCGAAAGUUCCGAACCUCCUAUCAAACUCCCUUUGCUGCCAACAUGAUCUGGGAAAGUUUCACUUGCGAGAAAUCAUUUGAUGGACCACAGAUCCGACUCGUACUGAAUGACGAGACAUAUCCACUGCGUACUUGCGCAGAAACUAAGGAAGAUCGCCGAUACGGCACUUGCUCACUGGAUGCGUUCACCAGAGCCAAUCAAUUUAGCACUAACAUCAAAUUCGGUGAUGAUACGUGGCAAGCGGCUUGCGGUACCCAAUGA